AAGGGACAAGCCCGGAUGGUACAUGCAUUGCAAAGAAUAUUUUUGAGUGUUUUCUAAGCUCUACCUUGGUUUGCUAAGAGGUAUCAAACUCCGCAGCCACGUUCGCCGGAAAAUUCCUCCUCCCCGAACGCCGGAGCAGCAGUCAUGAUCAUUUCGGAGAAGAACCGCAGAGAAAUCUCCAAAUACCUCUUCCAAGAGGGGGUGUUGUAUGCUAAGAAAGACUAUAACUUGGCGAAGCAUCCGUUGAUUGAGGUGCCAAAUCUGCAAGUGAUUAAGCUGAUGCAGAGCUUCAAGUCGAAGGAGUAUGUCAGGGAGACCUUUGCUUGGAUGCACUACUAUUGGUACCUUACCAAUGAUGGCAUUGAAUUCCUCAGGACUUAUCUCAACCUUCCAUCCGAGAUUGUCCCUGCAACUCUCAAGAAGUCUGCAAAACCCUUAGGAAGGCCCAUGGGCCCUCCGGGUGAUCGUCCCCGUGGACCGCCUAGAUUCGGGGAAGGGGAGAGGAGAGACCGGGAUGGGUACCGUGGUGGCCCAAGAGGCCCACCUGGGGAAUAUGCAGGGGAGAAGGGAGGAGCUCCAGCUGAUUACCGGCCAGGAUUCAAUAGUGGAGCUGGUGGAAGGCCUGGCUUUGGACGUGGUUCAGGAAGCUUUGGCGGUGCACCCCCAAGCUAAACCAUUUUGUUUGUGUGUUAUUCAUUAGCCAUUGUGAGUUAGUGAAUCUAAUCAGACUUUUUGAAAUUUCAAAGCUACAUUUGGCUCAUAUAUUUAUCACUUUGUUGUUUUGGAACACAUUGUGCUGUCUGUUGCAAAAGUAUUUGACAAUACUAUUUUCUGCUUCUAAAUUAUGUUGCCACAUAAAUCACGUUCCAAAACGGAAAAAAUUGAUCCCUAAUUCACAUCUCAAUUGGAGCUGAUUGAAAUUAAAAUUUUCUUUCGGGA